AUGGUUUUAUGCUUCGUGUUGGUGAUCUUCACGGUUCUCUUGGCUUGCUGCUCGGCUAAAGUCUACAAAGUCGGAGACUCCGAUGGAUGGACUGCAAAGAAAGACUACUACUACGAUUGGGUCAAGGGUAAGGAAUUCCACGUGGGAGAUUCUCUCGUCUUCGAAUACGAUCCCAAACUCAACGACGUGACUCAAGUCUCGGGCGCUAUGGAAUGCGAAUUCUGCGACUAUUCUUAUCCUAAAGCCGUAUACAACACGGGACACGAUGUCUGCCUAUAUGGACAAAAGCUCAACGUUCUUGUCGUUCAAGACCCGUCACGUCCGGUUCCUCCACCACCACCGAGGAAGAUCCUUCCUCCUGGAAAGUUCUACAAGGUCGGUGACUACAAAGGAUGGAAUGUUUACGACAGUGACUUCUACAACAAGUGGAGCGAGGAGAAAACGUUUUAUGUCGGAGAUUCUUUGUUUUUCGAAUACGGCAACAAAGUCAACGAUGUUUUAGAAAUCAGCGGUCAUCUUGAGUUCAAUUAUUGCGACACGACUUCACCUGUAGCUGUGCACAAGACAGGACACGAUCUCGUUAGGCUCACAAAACCAGGAGUUCACUAUUUUAUAAGCUCGGAGACGGGUCACUGCGAGGCUGGCCUUAAGCUACGAGUCAUGGUCCAAGACAGGUCAUUGGUGCAACCACUGCCCAAAGUGCCCAGGUUUUCACCUAUUGACCGUUUCACUAGGUGGUUACGCACUUUAAGACAUCAUCAUCCCUAA